UCAUUUAGUCACCUGAUUGUACGUCAUUACUCGAUACUUUAAUCGUUGCAGGCGCGGGACGCGAUCACAUUUACGCGCAGCGCAGCCUUGUACUUUUUGUCCAGCAACUAUACCAACCUCACGGUUUCCGAUUGCCAUACCUAUCCGCAACGAUGGGAAUCAAGGGCGAGUCAUAUCUCUCAGGACUUUACGUCGGGUCUGACCUCUUGCAGGACUGUACCAUGUCAUUGCCGAUGAGGCGCCUGAAGCCAUCAAGACCGGUGAAAUCAAGAAUCACUUUGGUAGGAAGGUCGCAAUUGAUGCGUAUGAUGAUCUCAAAACGACCAGGAUAGAGAUAACUGCUAACGGCCCCAGCUCAAUGAGCAUCUACAGUUUUCUGGUUGCAGUACGAUCAGAUGGCCAACAGCUCAUGUCUGACACUGGUGAAACGACCUCACACCUCAUGGGAAUGUUUUACAGAACCUUGCGUAUAGUCGACAACGGCAUCAAACCCCUCUAUGUCUUCGAUGGAGCACCACCUAAAUUGAAAUCAGGCGAACUUGCGAAGCGGUUUGCUAGGAAGAGUGAAGCCAACGAGCAACACGAAGAGGCUAAGGAGACAGGUACUGCGGAAGAAGUCGAAAAGUUUUCAAGGCGUACUGUGAGGGUGACGAGAGAACACAAUGAAGAGUGCAGAAGGCUGCUCAAGCUGAUGGGUAUACCCUUUAUUGUCGCACCCACUGAGGCAGAGGCACAAUGCGCGGUCCUGGCGAGAGCUGGUAAGGUAUAUGCAGCGGCAUCCGAAGACAUGGACACGCUUACCUUCAACUCUCCAAUCCUACUACGACAUUUGACCUUCAGUGAGCAGCGCAAGGAGCCCAUUCAGGAAAUCCACCUUGACAAGACCUUGGAGGGACUGAAUAUGGACAGGGAUCAGUUCAUUGACCUUUGCAUCCUCCUCGGUUGUGAUUAUCUCGAUCCUGUUCCCAAGGUUGGACCGAACACUGCAUUGAAACUCAUCCGAGAACAUGGUUCAUUGGAGAAGGUGGUCGAGUUCAUCGAGAAUGACCCCAAGAAGAGAUACAGCAUUCCAGAAGAUUGGCCUUAUAAGGAAGCGAGAGAGCUGUUCCUCCACCCAGACGUGCGGUCCGCUGAUGAUCCCGAGUGUGACUUCAAGUGGGAUGCGCCAGAUGUGGAAGGCCUUGUUCAAUUUCUUGUCAAUGAGAAGGGAUUCAAUGAAGAUCGAGUACGAAGUGCAGCGCAGAAACUACAGAAGAAUGUGAAGACGGCACAACAGUCCAGACUCGAAGGUUUCUUCAAAGCCGUACCAAAGACUGAGGCGGAGAAGAAGGAUCUGAAACGCAAACACGAAGACAAGGUUGCUGAAGCGAAGAAGAAAAAGAAGGAAGAUGCAAAGACCAAGAAAGAAUCGAAAGCCAGAACACAUAUCUCGACGUGAGCGCGCGUGCAACGAGAGGAGAUGAGAAUAGGGAUUACGGCGGAUCCGAUGUUGCCGUGGCGGCGAAAAGCAUUGUGUACUCAUAGCACGGCGUCCUGGGACAACAGCGGGGUUUGCUUUUUCAGGCUGAUGACAAUCACCAUCAGAAUAUUGAGUGUAGAGAGGCACGUGCGCUGCAGGUAGAGCGAUCACGAGAGAUACAGUCGACUUGGCACUAGCGAAGCUGGGUUGUUCACAUGACGCGGGCAGUCGGUGAUGAGGUCAAGAGCUCGAACUCCGAAUGGUUGAGCUUGAUUCAUCGUCACCCGACUCUCUCUAUCAUGAAAUGGACAAACCAUUGUUGUAAUAAUACUACGAUAGGUAGCUAGAUAUGCCUACAACCACGAAUAUGAAACA